CAAUAAAUUGUCUGAUGGAAAAAGUAAUAACUGGAUUUAUUUAUAUGCCCAACAUCCAUAUACAAAAGCAGCGAGUUAUGGCAGUGAUUAUACUUUAUUUUAUUUUGAAGUGAAAAUAUUUAAAGAAUUAAAUUCAGAAAUGGUGUUAAUGAUGAUUUGGCAAGUACUUUAUGUUCUUUUGUUAUGCUGGUAUUGGCUUUGUUGGUUUAGAAGAAAGAAUGUUUUUGUGUAAUUAUUCGACGACUACUUGGAAAGAUAAUCAAAAAUUUGAAUGGGUAGAUGGAGACGUUUUUGGUUGUGGAAUUGUUUAUCCACCAAGGAAUGAUUUAAAAACAAAGGCUUAUGUAUUUUUUACUAAAAAUGGAAAUAAAAUUGGAAAUAGAAUUUUAAUUGAAGAUGAUAAGAUUAAUUUAUGCCCAUUAAUUGGACUUUUGUCUUGUUCAGUUGAAACAAAUUUUGGAAACGAUCUCGAAUCCAAUCCUUUUAAAUAUAAUUUUGAUUAUAUUAUUUGA